UUCGACUCUAGAGGCUCGGUUUCAAAUGUGCCGCGCGCGGGAAAGUUUCUUAUAACUCGAUUAUCUUAAACGUUCUUAAAAUUUUGGAGUUUAUGAUCAUUUCUUUUUUUUUUUUUUUUUUAUUUAUGUUCGAGACAAACGGAGUUGAUAGGUCGGAAAGUAUCGCGCGCGUUCGCAGCAACUCGUCUUAUACUCGUCUGUCACAUUUGACAGAUUUUCUCUUGACAAAAGGUGGCGCGCUUCUCUUUCGCUCUCUUUUUCUCUUUCUUUCUCCCUUCUUCCCACUCCCCUCCUCUCUCUCUUUCUCUCUCUCUGUCCCUACAAAAGGAACUACUUUUAAAAGGAAGAGGGAAACUGGCACGGCAGCUUUUCAACUAACUUCCAUUCAAAUUUUGACAUCCUCGUUUAGACGAUAACUUGAAAGAAGUCGUUGGGAAAAGUAAUAAGUCGAGAAGAAAAUAAUUUUUUGAAAGGGCUUUCGCGAAACAAUCGCGAAUAAGGUCGAUUCUUUCAUUCGAAAGACUUCAACAACCACCCUUCGUUUCGUUUCUUUUUCUUCUCGCAUUACAACGCGAGACGAUUCUUGACGCACACGCACGCGCUCACGUUUCUAAGAAAUAAUACAGGUUUUAAUUAAGUUCGAUAAGAGGAUAUUCUUCGCUUACGGAAGUCGACUUUCUCCCACGCGCUAAUUAACUUCGUUAAACCUCUUCUCUGCACAUGACCUCUUCUUUUCCGUAUAAGUGUAACUCGAUAUUCGAAGGAAUAAGAUGGGAGAGAGAGAGAGAGAGAUAGAGAGCUUGAAUAUCUUAUAAUUUUCCUUAGAAGAAGGAACGAAACCGUAAUUGGUUCUAUCAACGAGAGAAUACAUUUUUUUUCUUUUUUUUUUUUUAAUUCUUUUCACUGUCGAAUCCAACGAAAGGAAAUAAAGUAAUGAGACCGAAGGCCGAGCACGAAAUCGCAGCCGAGCUAAUUUUGUCUACCAAUUGAAUUUACUCUGCUAGAUACACACAAUACACACGUUGUUCCAAUAAGCUUAGAAAUCGAUAGACGUUCGGUCGAAAACAAAGGCAUUCUAACGGAUUUAACAAUAAGUGCUACGUUCCAAAUUGGCGCCAUUUAUUUGGACGACUCUAGAUCGAAAACAAGUACUUAGUUACUUUACUUACUUACGUCGGAUGUCUCAUCGCUUAUUCGAUCUUCGCGAAUACGUUUCUCGUUUCGAUGUUGACGCUCGUUAGCACGAGAGCGUUCCUAAUUAACAUCCCAAUCGGUAUCUUCGACGACCGUAGAGAGAAGGAGGGGAAGGAGUUAAAUCCACAAACAAGGGAAACAUAUACGAGGGCGAUCGAUGACAAGCGGAAGAUCAUCGAUACAUAGCUCGUCCCGAUGCACUUCGAAAUCCAUUGGCCGAGAUCCAAUGAAGAAUUUAGUGCGGAAAAUGUGGAAGUAUGAGACUUCCGAGUGGAUUUCCAGUUUAUACGGGCCACCACCACUCGUGUCACGUUUCGAGAGUCAUUAAGGAGAAAAAAAUGGGGGCUAACCAAUCGAACAGAAGCGUACCUACUCCAGGAGAAGAAGUGAACUUCGAUCACUUUGAAAUUCUACGUGCCAUAGGCAAAGGAAGUUUCGGAAAGGUUUGCAUAGUGCAAAAGAGAGACCGUACGGGCAAUAUGUAUGCGAUGAAAUACGUCCACAAAGGAGAGUGUGCGGAGAGAGGAGCAUUAAAAAAUGUCGCGAGAGAGGUUGAAAUUCUUUCCAAGUUGGAACAUCCUUGUUUGGUAAAUCUAUGGUUCAGUUUCCAAGACGAAGAGGACCUGUUUAUGGUAUCGGAUUUGUUGUUGGGUGGCGACUUGCGGUAUCACAUACAACAGAAGAUCGAGUUCUCCGAGGAAAGCAUCGUCCUCUUCGUCGCAGAGAUCGCUCUCGCUCUCGACUAUCUACAAAGUCACAAGAUCGUUCACAGAGACAUCAAGCCUGACAAUAUCCUGUUGGAUGAGGAGGGGCAUGCACGCGUGACGGACUUCAACAUUGCCACUGAAUUGGAGAAUGGACAAUUGGCAACUUCGAUGUCAGGCACGAAACCGUACAUAGCGCCAGAGAUUUACAUGUGCUCGUGCGAGGAAUACGGUGUCCUUGGUUAUGGAUUUGCCGUCGAUUGGUGGAGUUUGGGAAUUCUCGCUUGGGAGACUCUGGCCGGUGAACGUCCUUAUCCUCUUCAUUCAACGACUUCUUACAGAGAAGCUCUGAGGAUUUUACAGGAAGAAAGGGGAAAGCCGUCUCACUGGAGUUCCGCAAUAUGCGACCUCUUAGACAGAUUGUUAACUCUAGCACCGGGUGCUAGGGUCUCGACUUUGAAGGAACUCAAGCAGAUUGCAGUGAUAAGAAAUUUGGACUUUGAUAAAAUAUUGAACAAGCAGAUAAAACCACCCUUUGCGCCACCAAAGGAUCAUCUCAAUUGCGAUCCCACGUUCGAACUCGAGGAGAUGAUUAUCGAGACGAAGCCGUUGCAUAAGAAAAAGAAACGUUUGACCAAACAAAGAUCCCUCAGAGCCGAGUUGACGGCAGACGAUGCUUUGAAAUUUGCGGAAGGUGACGGCGUGGAUCUGAGAAGAUUGGCCUUUAUCCCAGAAUAUCGCGUAUACAAUCGUGAAAGAGAAAUGGAGAGAUUGGAGAGGGAACGAAAGGAGAAACAAUGGGAGGAGGAACUGAACACUGCCAUGAUGGGUGCCGAUGAGACGCCAAGGAGGAAACAAGAACAGCAGCAGCAAGAGCAACAGCAAGAGCAACAACAACAGGAAGCACAGAAAAGUGGGAACAGAUUGAGCGUCUCGAACGUGAAAGCUCGAAUCAGUGCUUCUCCCAGACUUAGUCGAAGGACGAGCACUGCGACGUCCUCCGACAUCGAUUACAUCGAUGCCAGUCCUGAACCAUCUACAUCGUAAAUUUAAUUGAAUCAUUUUUUACAGGAACCUUAUAAAACGAUGAUGUCUAUAAGAUAUAUGAUCGUGAUCGAUCGACCGAUCGAUCGAUCGCCUAAUAAUUACCAUUAUCGAUCAAUAUAAUCUAUCGUUCUAGCUUUCCAUAAAGAUGAUCGUGCAAAAAACGCUGUAAUAUUAAUUACAAGUAGAUCCUGAUUAGGUUUGCAUUUUGAUUCGUAGACCUUUUAGAGAAUAAAAAUAAUAGGCAUCGUUAGAGACGGCGAAAGAUUAUGAAAGAUGUUUAUAGAAAUGAUCCAUACGGUGUAUCCGCCGAGUGGAAAGGAUUUCCCUCAGAAUUUAUUUAACGAAACGAUCGAAUCUCGUGCAAAUACACUUUGCCGAUUCAUCGUUUGCUUUCCAAAAAGUUUCGCAUUACUUAUAGUUUAACGUUACUCCGUCGGGUUGUUAGAAAAUUCCUCGAGUAUACCGCUAGAAAUAGCAAACGAAGUCGUUUUCACUAAGAGAUAUCAUUUUUGUAAAAGGUAAAUGCGAUUAGUAUGAAAUAUGGCCGACAGGAUUCGUAAAGCGAACAGAUCGGGAAAAAAUCUCCGCUCUCUUCUAUAAUUGGAAUUGAUGGAUCGAAUGCAGACCACGUUUUGUCCGAGAAUCGUCAAGUAAUCGAUAGCAACGGCGCCUGGUCGACCAAACGAAACACACAAAGAAUCUUUUCUCGAUUUCCUUCUCCCACUCGCGUUACAAAACUCGCUACGUUUUAUGGACGUACAAAUUAUGAAAAUCCAUUUACAAUAACCAACGUAUAUUUAAAUGAUAAUACUCUUUAUUCUUUCAAAAUUUUUUAAACACGAUUAUUUUUCUUUUUCUUCGUAUCUUUAUGCAUUUAUCAAGCUUGUUUCUCUAGUCAAAAUCGCAAAAUACAUAUGUAUGUAAGUGUGUAUAAAAUAGAUUGAGAUUUGCUAUCGCUAAUAAUUACGUUGAAUUAUUCAUCAUUGUAUAUACAUACAUACGUAUAAAAUAGACAAAAAAUAUAUUGUGUUAUAACGAUAAAAAAUAACAAAUGAAAAAAAAGAAAAGAAAAAAGAUAUUUUCUUUAUACGUAGAAUUUGUAUACAUUGUGACAAUUAUAAAAACAUAGUAUGUUAAUAUAUUAAUAAAAGUAAAUACCAUCGUGAAGCAUUACAACUAUAUCUUAAAGACAACAAAUAAUAAUUAUUAAUAUCACAAAAUAUUGCCGUAGACCUGCUCAUUAACAAACGCAUACAAAUUCAUAUCUUUUUUGUAUCUCGCGUAACAUGGAAGCCCACUAUAUGUAUCUAAAAGCGGUUUGUUGUAUCAUGGAAGCAUACUUCUCUAAGAUUAGAUUUCAAAAAUGUUA